UAUAUAUCUUUUAAUUGUUUUUAAUAUUUGUUCUGCAUGUUUUUUUAAUCUGGCUGUACACCGCCCUGAGUCCUUAGGGAGAAGGGCGGUAUAGAAAUCCAAUAUAAAAUAAAAUAAAAAUAAAAUAAAUUACUGCAUAUAAUGUGCAUUUCAUAUUGUUCUGCUGUUAUACAGGAAGGCUAAUUUAAAAAGUUGGAUUUGGUUUUAACUUCCCUUCAGUGAAAGGAGCAGAGUUCAUAAAACAGGGCUUUCCUGUCACUCUACUCUGUUGAUCUCCUAAAGGAUGGGUGAUAUUUAGAAACUGUGCUAAACUACAGAAGGGGAGGAAGGGGUGGGGGAAUUGGCAAAGAUAAAUAGACGUGAAUAGAAGUUUUGGAUGUAUGACAUUCAUACUUAACUUGUUUUUGUAACAUUUGGCUUGCCUUUGUUGCAGUGUUUGCAAAUAUUGAAGCAAUACAAUUAGGAAAAUAGGUUACUUCAUUUUAUUUUUAAAGAUGCCUUAUCAGCAAAAUGGGCAGCAUAUAUAUUUAAUAAAUAUUUUUUUAAAAAAUAAACCAAUUUAUAUAGUGCCUAUCUACCAAAACUCUGGGAUGAUGAACAAAAUAAAUACUAAACAGUGCCAAGGAUACUUUUGUAGUAGAAUGUGCUGGUCAAUUGUUCUGAUUAUAACUAGUUAUUUAAUUUAUUUUAUGCAACUUUGUGUUAUCAAAAGUCUAGACAUCAGUACAUACUGAAAGAGGAUGUUACUGAAUAGAGCAGAUGGAGGAAGUUCUCACAGUUUGAUAUUCAGCUGGAUAAGAUGCAGACUUCCCCUUCUUUAGAGUAAAAACAGGAGUCUUUACCUCUGACUUAACUGCAUCAAAGCCAAAAUGCUAUCACUUAAAAAUCCUGCUUAAUCUGAUAAGAUUGGAAGGGGAAGGAUAUUAUUGUGUUUGGAGGAAAUCAUGAAGGCCAACAUCUACUUAACUUGGGAGGAGUCCCUGCCCCCCACACCUUGGUCUUAUUGUAGUCUUUAGUGAAAGAUCAAGUAUUGCUUAGCUGCCUUAAAAGCAAUUCCUUCCAAAUAAUGAUGCAGGGGAGGUGGGCAUAAAAGAGCAAAUUCCAUUAAAUAGUUCCCAUUUUAUCAAAUAUAGGAAGUGUUUGUUCACACAUUGCCCUACAGUCAUUACACGAGAGUUCACAUCAAAUUUUACAGAUGGCUUCUCCAUUGAUCGUGCUGGUCAGAAGUUGGCUGUGAAACGCAGUUCCAGGCACACUGCAACAGUUGUAUGUGUGAGAACCAGCUGUAAAAUUAUAUUUGGCAAAUAUGAUUUUUAUUAUUAGCUCAACACUGGCUCAUAUUACAAACCUUGUUCCUAUUUAAUUGUUUAUUUAAAACUUAAAAGAUUUUUUUAAAAAGAAUCUGAUACAACAAGACUUACCUACAUGCAGAAAUUUAUCAAUAUAUUUAGUAAUCUAAUAUAAUGCAACAAUGUGUUAUUUAGGUUAUAUCAUAUAGCCACUUGAAAAUUAAUCCAUAUGAAAAUCAGUGGCAGCAUACUUUAAAUGAAUAAUUAUGAGAUUGUCCUGAUACAAUGAAUAUAAUUCAGAUGUUUAUGUCUGGUCUGGUAAUCAUCAAUGGUACAAUUUUCCCUGUUCUCCCAAGGUUUUAUUUACUAUGCCUGGAUAACCUACAAGUUCCUUUGUGCAACUCCAGAAACCUACCCUAAUUGGAUUGUUAAACACUGAUGGCACAGUUUCACAGACUAGAAACCUGGAAACCUUGGAUUUCUCACGUUCUCUUGGCCUUAAAAAGAAAGAAAUGGCAAAUCACUUCAUAAAUCUUGCCAAGAAAAUGGAAGGGACUUCUUGAGUUGGUUACCAGGAGUCAAGACUGAUGCAAAGUCAGCUCCUCCUUAUCUUCAGACUCUUUAUACCUACCUUGUCUCAUGCAUUCCCAUCAUCUUGUUCCUUUUUGUGUAAACAAAAGUAUGUAGAGCGCAGAAAUACUUGGCCAAAUGAAUUAAGACCAAAACAUAAAAUAAAUUCUAUGUAAAUUUAGUUUGUACCAACACUCAUCCGUGUUCUCCACCAUACCUUUCUAUUCCUAUAUUUGCUUCCAUCAUAUCCAAACAUUGAUUCAUACUUUUCUUUUUGUUCUUUAGCUUUUAUAGCUCAGACCUAAAGUUUAAGGAACCUUUAUUUUUAUCUAAUUAUUUCUAUUCUCCUUUCCAUUUGAGAAAAAUUAGAAGACACAUUUUUUGUGCAUGGGCUGGCCUUCUUCAGUUUGGCUUACUGUGUGAAUUCAAGUGCUAUAGUUUUUCAUGUAGGUAUAAGUAAUAAAUCUCCAAGAAUCCUGCCAAUUUUGGCUUAUUUGUGGUUAAGCAAACCAUGGUUUGUUCAGGUGUGAAGGCAGCACAUAUUCUUUAUUCUUAUAUACAAUUCAUACCUAAUUACUUAGAAAAAAGUCCCUUUAAGCCCCAGUUUAUUGUUAGUUCAUGUUAAUUUCAUAAAAGUUAAUUCACAAGUCAACCCUGUCUUAUUUCUGUAUCUGUAGUUUAAAAAUAGUCUUGUUCACACAAGACUAUGAAAUAUUUGUAUUUAGCACCAUGUCUGAAAUAUUAUUUUAGUUGUGACAGAUUUAUUUCUGAUUCCUAUAUGAACAGAGCCCUAUUUUACAUUGAAUAUUAAUAUUAUUCAAGCCAAUUACUUCUAGAAUAUUUGAAAACAAUAAUUUUAAUUUGGCAAAUGAAUUGAAGUUGAUUUAAUUUGGAAGAAGCAGUCUUGUGAUCAUUAUGGGAAAGAUUUAUAUUAUUUGGGGAUGACCAAAAACUUAAUCCUGGUUCAAAUAUAUAUGUUUAAUUAUCUGGAAACUUGAAUUCAUUUUAUUUUUAUUUUUACAUCUCUUCAUCUAGUUUAAGAAGUCAUGUUGUUCUGCCCCAAUUACUUUCUUCUUAGAGUCCCUCUAGCCCUUUUUACUUCUGUUUCCCAGCAGUAAUCAUUCAAUUAAUUUUAAUGGCUAUAGUUAUACACAAUGCAAUAGCAAUAGAAAUUUGACUUAUAUACUACUUUGUAGUGCUAUAUAGCACUCUAAGCAGUUUACAAAGUCAGUAUAUUGGUCCCAACAAACGGGGUCCUCUUUUUACCAACCUCAGAAGGAUGGAAGGCUUGAGCUGGUCAGGAUCGAAAUCUUGGCAGUGAGCUGAAUUAACCUGCAAUACUGCAUUCUAACCUCUGGUCCACCACGGUUCAAUGCAGCCACUUAGAUUGUAAAAUCUUUUGGUGAAUAGUCCAGCCUAGGUGCUAUCUGAUCUAAACAGAUCCCAGAGUUCUCUGUAGGGACCAGCCAAUCCAGAAAUCCUCCAAUGGAAAGUGCGAGCACUAAGAAAAGAUUGGUUGCAUUUCAACUAUUCCAGGAAGCAAAUCUCUUCAGCUUCUUUUUUACUAUCAUUGAAUCAUAAAACUAGAGUUGGAAGAAACCAUAAGGAUUAUUUACCCACUAUUUACAGAAGCACUAAUUAAACCAUCUAUCAAAGAUAGCUCUCCAGUCUUUUAUAAAACUCUUUAGAGAUGAACCCACAAAAUCCAUAGGUAGACUCUUCUACUGUUGCACAGAUCUUACCAAGAAUAUCUUCUUAUAUUUAAACAAAAUCUAGGUAUCUGCAAUUUAUACCCAUUAUAAAUUGAGACUGUGGAAAAUAGCUCUUGCUAUGCUUCCCCUGUAGCUUGCUUUAUAUAUCUGAAUGUGGCUAACAAAUCUCCUCUAUGUCUUUUUUUCUCUCCACACUGAAAUACCUGUGUUUCUUCAGUCUAAGAAACAAUAAACUUUCCCUGGGCUAUGUGAAAGCAUGAAAUAGUAUCAAGUUUAUCAUCCUUAACCCUAUUAAAUUGGAUUCAAAUGUAUUUUUUAUGAGAGUAGUAAAUGUUAAUUCUGGGGUCUUCCUCAACUAGGGCCAGUAGUUUCCAAGUAAGAUUCAAACACUAUGGUUGGAUGGAUACAUCUCAGUUAAGUACUAAUCAGAUUACAUGCUGCUUUGUAGAUAAAAAGGAUCAGUCUCUACUUCCUUAUUACACACACAUUCAAUUCUGACUUUUUUCUUUCAGAUGAACGCUUUCUUUCUAAGAUUGAUUGAGGUGUCUUGAGUAGAACCAUAGGGAUUUCCCUUUACAAGUAAAGUUCUUCAGAGGAACGCCCAUCCUAUCCCUACUUCCACCUCCCCCCACUUCUCAGGAUAGGGCAAGAAUUCAGCCAGUGCUAUUUGUCUAACUGUAUUGUUCUACAACGGCAAUACUUGCAUUUGUCAGGAACUGGACUUGUCAGACAAGAAACAUAUCCCAGCAACUGAUUCCUGUAAAUGCAAAAUGUCUCCAUUCAACCAAGAAAACAAGAGCUUUUGAACACUCGAGAAAGACUUUAUUCACUGCUUUCUCUGCUCUUUUGACAUGGGCUUACAAAAAUGCAGUGGCUGUUUGAGUUGCCUGUUGAUUCCCCUGGCACUGUGGAGUAUUGUUAUAAAUAUUCUCCUAUAUUUUCCUGAUGGGAAAUCUUCAUAUGCUUCCAGCAAUAAUCAUACCAACUACGUGUGGCAUUUUGAAGGAAUCUGUUUCUCAGGUAUUAUGAUUCUUAUUCUAGCAGCACUUCUGGUAAUUCUGGACCGGGACACCUUUUAUGAAUGCUUCCAAAGUGAAAGCUGCACCAGAACAUAUAGACGUUUCAUUUCUGUUGUGCUUUCCCUACUAGGGAUUGCAUUCUCUGGCUACAGUCUGAUCAUAUCUGCUUUGAGCUUAGUGCAAGGCCCAUACUGCAAAACCUCAGCUGGCUGGGAAUAUGCCUUCAAAAACACGGCAGGCAGUUACCUCAUGGAUCCUACUUCCUGGUCCCAGUGCACUGAGCCUGCUUAUGUAGUGGAUUGGAACAUCAUUUUGUUGUCUAUUCUGAUAGUUCUUAGUGGCCUCGAAAUCUUGAUCUGCCUUCUGAAAAUAAUUGCAGAAUUAAGGCAAAUCCUGUGUGGAAAUUAUCCCAUCUUUGUUCAGCCUGCACUGAUCUAACAACUUGGGGAAUGACUCCACCAUGACUCCAUCAUAUCUCUGAGCAUGCAUUUUGAUAUUAAUUUUUAAAGCAGGCUCUUCUGUUUCUGUGGUAACACAAGAAGAACUGCCAAUGUUUUCCCAACAUAUUACUUAUGUUGCUCCACAUAUUUCGGCUAAAGUGUACAGUUUUUGGAUAGUCUGUUUUUCUUGUUGCCUGUUUGCAUACCUUUUCCCUUUCUUGCAUUUGUUAUGUAUCUAAAUUGUGAGGCUCUUGAAAAAUGAAGAUUUUUUUUGUGUUUACAUAAUAUAAAGCACUUACCAUCGAUGCCACCUAAAUAAAUAUUUAGUUCAAUAAGUAGUCCCAUUAUUGUGAACAACAUUCUUAGUAAAGAGAUAAACUUAUAUCUGGAAUACACCUUUUUGUAUCAGAAAUGGGAUUUAGCAUGAUUAAAUGAGUAACUGAAUAAAACUUCCCCUGCACAGUUGUUGGGAGAAAUGUCAUAAUCUGAGAUGAGACUCGGGGAAUGUCUUUUGCUUGUAGAAAGCCAUAACAAUAGACUUGCCUCAACUAGUUCACCCAUUGAGCAAAAACAUUGGAAUGGUCCCUAAUUUGCCUUAGUGAGAUAGUUAUAUUUACUUUGGAUCCUUCCCCACAGUGAGUAAUAAAAAAAAAAAAACACAUUCAAUGCUAACAAAGAUUCUUUGUUCCUGUUCACAUUCUUCUGAUCUCAUACAAGAAGUCUUCAACUUACAACUAUUCGUUUAGCAACUGGCUGUAUUUACAAUAGUCACACAUGAUGGGUCAAGUGAUUGACAUUUGCAACCUCCCCAGACAAAGUCAGUGGGGAAGCCAGAUUUGUUUAAUAACUGUAAGAUUCACUUAAUAAGCACUGUGCUUAGCAACAGAAAUUCUGGUCCCAGUUGUAGUCAUAAGUCAAGGUCUACUUAUACUCUCUUUCUCUUUUUUUUCAACAGCCAUUUUAUUUCUGAUUCAAUUGCAAUGUUUCUGGGAAUCACUGAGAAGGCUCCCUUUACAUUUGUACUACUAAAGCUCUGCAGAACUUACCAAGCAGAUCAUUUCCAAAUUGGUAGUAGCUUUUUUACCUGCUCCAAAGAAUUAUUGCUACUGUGUGAUAAGUGGAUCAGAAAAUAAAAAUUGCAUAAAGUUGUUCAGGAAUCCUUCUAAUAAAAAACCUAAAUGAAUUAGAUGGGUAUAUUUUAAUUAACAAAAAUGUAAAAUAAUUGUGAUUGUACUGAAGUUAAUUUUUGGUUCCUAUAAAUCAUCAGCCUUGUAAAUGUCAGUUUUUGAGAAGAAACUGAACAGGUAUAUAUAACUGGAAUUAGUAGAACAAACAAAAUAAAUCUUCAGAUUGAAUUGUGGAGCUUUUAAUAUAAGGUUGCAAGAUUUGUCCCAAUUAUCAGUUACUAUAUGGAUCGCCAAACGACCAAAUGUUCAGGAAAAAAUGUUUUAAAUAAUAUAGACAAGUAAUACCAGUCUUGUCUGAAAUUUGAUAAUAUUGCACUGAUAUAUUAUUAACUGCUUGGGAUUUUGGACAUUGUCCUGCAGUUUAAAGCUGAAAUAUAACUUUCCCCAGGUUGUGAAAUGCAAGAAAUUUCAGCUAUAUCAAACAGAACGAACAGGAGAAAAUUGAUGUUGUGUUGGGAAACUCCCUUUAUUUCACCAUAGCAUGGACCUUUAAAUUUUUUUAAAAAAUAUUUUGAUGAAGAACAAUUUUCAAAUUCAUGUAUUAAGAUAUAAAACAUGAUUUACAUUUGAACGUCAACUGUAAUAAAAAAUGUGGGUAUUUU